AUGGCAUCAAAGAUUGUUCUGAUUACUGGUGGAAAUGGAGGAAUAGGCUACGAAGCUGUGAAGGCGCUCUAUGAGACAAAUAAGUCCUACCAUAUUUUUAUGGGCAGUCGGUCCAUGGAUAGGGCGAAGAAUGCCAUCGAGAAACUUCGCGCAGAAUGUCCCAACGCGACCAACACCGUCGAGCCCCUGCAGGUUGACCUCACCAACGACGAAUGUAUCGAGAAAGCGUUUGCACAGGUAGAAGCCGGGCCCGGAUACAUCGAUGUAUUGCUGAAUAAUGCGGGGGCUACAUUCGACAUUGAAUACCUGCGCGGCCGCGUCUCGCUGCGAGAUUGUUUCAACAACGCCUAUGAUGUAAACGUGGCCGGCACGCAUGUCAUGACGGCGACUUUCAUGCCGCUUCUGCUCAAGUCAACCGAUCCACGAUUAAUAUUUGUCUCUGGCCUAUCGGCUAUCAACCAGGCGGGCGAAAAAUACUUUCCAACUCCGCCCCAACCGGCAGGAUGGCCAAAGAGGAUUGACUUCGAGACAAUCGGAUAUCGAUGCAGCAAGACUGCAUUGAACAUGCUUAUGCUGGAUUGGAAUCACAAACUAAAGGAGGAUGGCGUUAAGGUCUGGUGUGUUGCGCCUGGGAUGCUAGCCACCAAUCUGGGCGGAAUGCCUGAAGAAGCGAAGAAGAUGGGCGCUAAACAUCCAAGCAUAGGAGGGCAGUUGUUAAAGACAGUUAUUGAAGGGGAGCGGGACGACUCAGUGGGGAAAAUCGUGAUACGGCAGGGGAUCCUGCCAUGGUAA